GAAGUUGGAGUUGUCACGCCAUAGGCUCUAGCGAGAUAAAUGACAAAGGGUUGAAUUAAGGAAGGAAAAGACGUAAUUUCUUCAAACAUUAAAAAAAGCUGUUGUAAAUUUGUAAAGAUGAAUCAGCCGCUGAUAUUCCACUUCAAAGUUCAAACCCAUAAAUCUUUCCCUCAUCUCCAAUCAGAAUCACCAACCAUUCAUUCACUCACCCAAAUGGAUUUUCUUCACGUAUCCGCUGCAACAAUCUUUGCCCUUCUCUUCUUCUUCUAUGCUCUCUUCACCAUACCCACAAGGUUCGUUAGUCGUCGGAAGAAUCUGCCACCGGAGGCCGGCGGUGGGUGGCCGGUGAUCGGCCACCUCCAUCAACUAAGUGGAAAAGAGCCAGCUCACACAACGUUGGGCAAAAUGGCCGACGCUCACGGCCCAAUCUUCAUGUUAAAAUUGGGUACGCAUAGAGCCUUGGUCGUGAGCGGUUGGGAAAUAGCAAGGGAAUGCUUUACGACCAACGACAAAAAAUUCGCAUCCCGCCCCAAACUCGCCGCCGCAAAGCUCCUCGGCUACGAAUACGCCAUGUUCGGAACAAGCCCUUACGGUUCCCACUGGAAACACGUGCGCAAAAUUGCGACGCUUGAAGUCCUGGCCAACCACCGUUUGGAGAAGCUCCAGCACAUCAGAAGAUCGGAGGUUGAGAGCUCCAUUAAGAGACUGCAUGAGUUAUGCGUCAACAAAAAAGUGUUGGUGGAGAUGAAGGCGUGGUUUGGAGAAGUGACUUUGAACACGAUAUUUAGGAUGGUGGUUGGAAAGCGAUUCUCCACUGCUUUUGAAGGCAGCAGUGGGGAGCAGUACCAGAAGGCGUUGAGGGAUUUUCUUUAUUUGUUUGGGGCAUUUGUUCCGUCGGAUUCUUUCCCGUUUCUGAGUUGGUUGGAUUUGGGAGGUUAUGAGAAGGCCAUGAAGAAGACGGCCAAGGUGUUGGAUGAGGUGCUUGAGAAAUGGCUCACAGAGCAUAAACAGAGGAGAAUUUCAAGUGGAAUGGAAAUGGAUCAGGGGCUGGAUUUCAUGGACGUGAUGUUGUCUACGGUUAAGGAUGAAGAAUUUUCUGACUACGAUGCCGAUACAGUCACCAAAGCUACAUGUUUGGCUUUGAUAUUGGGUGGAUUUGACACUACCACAACAGAACUCACAUGGGGUCUUUCUUUGCUUCUAAAUGAUGAAGGAGCGCUUAAAAAGGUCCAAUUUGAAUUAGACGAACAUGUUGGAAGAGAAAGACAAGUGGAGGACUCAGAUAUGAAGAAUUUAAUAUAUCUUCAAGCGGUUGUAAAGGAAACGUUGCGUAUGUACCCAGCAGCCCCACUCUCAGUUCCUCACGAAUCUUUGGAAGAUGUUACUGUUGCUGGGUAUUACGUCUCCGCAGGGACACGAUUAUUGGUGAAUCUUCAUAAGCUCCAACGAGACCCACUUGUUUGGGAGAAUCCGAAUGAGUUUUGUCCAGAGAGGUUUUUGACAAGUCAAAAGAAUUUUGAUGUUAAAGGACAAAAUCCUCAAUUGAUACCGUUUGGAGCUGGUCGAAGAAUAUGUCCUGGAAUGUCAUUUGCCAUCCAAGCUAUGUAUUUGAUACUUGCAAAACUACUUCAUGAGUUUGACAUUUGUCGCCCGUCUGAAGAACCACUCAAUAUGGAGGAGAGUGUUGGGUUGAACAAUACUAAAAAGACCCCACUUCAAGUUAUUAUAACUCCACGCCUUUCUGUCCGAGUUUAUGAAUGAUACAUAAACAAAUAAUGUAAUUAGAAAACAAAGUUAAGUAAAAAAAUUAGGUUUGUUUCCUAUGACAAAAGGUUGAUUAAACCAU